AAGCGGGCAUAUUGGAGCAGACCGGAAGUGGAGUCGUUGGGAGCAGGUGACCAGAGAAUGGAGAAAAAAAUACGCAGAAUCUCUCUUGCUUCUGAACCGAAUAUAAUUCAUUUUUUACAAGUAUCUUGGGAGAAAACCCUUGGAUCUGGUUUUGUUGUUACACUGACUGAUGGUCAGUCAGUAUGGACUGGAACAGUUUCUGCGUCAGAGAUUUCUCAAGAAGCUGACGACAUGACAAUGGAAGAAGAGAGAUACGUCGAUGAGCUGAGACAUGCACUGGUGCUGGGAGCAGGACCGCCCGAUGCCUACAAAUUUAAUUUCUCCAAAGAGUCUUGUCACUUCUCUCUUGAGAAAAACUUGAAAAAUGUUUCAGUAAGUAAAACUUUUCAUAAUGUUACAAGUGUUGUUGCUGAACACAUAAUCCGAGCAAACGGACUCUAUGAAGAAGAACCCCGAGCCAGGAAUGGAGGCAACCUUAUUCUCAACCUCAGAUAUGCAGAUCACACAGCCCUGCGUGCUGAAAAUGAAGAGGACUCGAAGUACAUGCUUAUGAAGAUAAAGAGUUUCAAACUUCUACAUGGAUUGUUUGAAAAAUGUGUGGGUGCUAAGGAAGCUUUGGAGUCUGAACUUUAUGAACGAUUUGUUCUGGUGUUGAAUGAGAAGAAAGGAAAGAUCAGGAGCUUACACAAAAUGUUAAGUGAAGUUCAAGAACUGGAAAAGAACACUGAUCAUGAUAGGGAAAUUGCAACCUGUUCUCAAAUGAAUGCUGGCAGAGAUGCUAUCUACAAUGAAAGUACUGAUGAAGAAAGUGAAAACCAGACUGAUUCCGCUGGGUUAUCUCCAGGCACUUUAAGAAAAGAUGAUUCUAUUAUUUCAAGUCCUGAUGUCACUGACAUUGCACCAAGUAGAAAGAGGAGGCAGCGGAUGCUGAAAAACCUCGGAACAGAACCUAAACUGGCCUCCCAGGAGCCUCAGUUUCAAGAAAAGGCAAAGUCUGAUCCUUCAGUACCUCAGAUGUUGAAAAAGGAAGGGAGCUCAACUGAAAAUAUGUCUUUAGAAACUCUAAGGAACACCAAUCCGGAAGACCUCUUUGAUGAGAUUUAGCUGUCUCAAAAAAAGUGCUUUGAAGUUCACCCAAUUGUGUUUUCUAUUCAUUUUUUUAAACCAAAAAAGCAAAAUUUCAACUCAGCAGCAGCUAUUACUGUACCUUACAACUUAAUUACAUACACACUGAGUUGAAACCAUUGUGCAAAAUGGAUUACACAUGUAUGUGAAGAUAUGAUUUGAUGACAGUGGCACAUUAUGCUAAACUAUUCAUUCAGCAUGCCUAUAAUUACAUAUAAACCCCAGACUUUUUGCUCCAGAAGACACAUUUAUCCUUAUUCAAUUCGCACAUAUUAUAUGUGGUAGCUGUCUAAUGACCUGUCUAGGAAGAUUUGGAAGUGGGACGAAAGAAUUUUUUUAGUCCAUAGUUCUUUUCUGAAUAGUCAUAUUCAUAACAGUGAUGUUUCAGCUUUUUUAUUUUGGGUAUGAUAUAUAAAAUCUAUUUUUAGUUGUACAUGAACAAUCUGAUAAUAAAAUGUCUGGUGCAUUGAA